UAGAUAUCUAUGUUUCAUUCAUCCAAGAAAGUAGUAGACAUGCUUUCUCAAUACCUCGGUCUUUUCCGGUUAUACGAUAGCGUGUAAGAAUGAAACAAAUUGUGACAAAUCAAACAGUAAAAAUACCAGAGGGAUUAACUGUCACAGUUAAAUCCCGCAUGGUUACUGUUAAAGGACCAAGAGGUAUUCUUAAACGCUCCUUCAAACAUCUUGCACUUGAUAUUCGUAUGAUAAGUCCAAGGUUACUAAAAGUUGAAAAGUGGUUCGGAACAAAGAAGGAGUUAGCUGCUGUCCGCACAGUUUGUUCUCAUAUUGAAAAUAUGCUGAAGGGAGUGACUAAAGGAUACCAGUAUAAAAUGAGAGCUGUGUAUGCUCAUUUCCCAAUUAAUUGUGUAAUUACAGAAAAUAAUACAGUUAUUGAAAUUCGUAACUUUUUGGGUGAAAAGUACAUUCGUCGUGUAAAAAUGGCAACAGGAGUAACUGUUUCAAAUUCUGCUAAACAGAAGGAUGAGCUAAUAAUAGAGGGAAAUUCUUUAGAAGAUGUUUCUCGAUCUGCCGCUCUAAUACAACAAUCAACGACUGUAAAGAAUAAGGACAUCAGAAAGUUCUUGGAUGGUCUUUACGUGUCUGAAAAAACGACAGUUGUACAAGAUGAUGAAUAAAGCGUUAAUUUGGUUAUUCACAAUGUGAA